AUGCAAGAGGAGGAGGUCGUGAGGAAGAGGAAGAUGGCCCAGCAGCCCCAAGCAGGUGAGGAGGAAGGGGAAAGACCCACCCUGGACUGGGGUGGCGCCUGGAGCUCAGAGCUGGUGGUCCAUGAGCAGCUUCAGGGUAAGGAGAAGCCCCAGAAGUGCUUGAAAUGUGGGAAGAGCUUCAACCAGAAAUCCAACCUGAUCUGCCACAUGAGAAUCCACACGGGGGAGAGGCCCUAUAUAUGUGAGGAGUGUGGGAAGAGCUUCAGCCGGAGAUCCAACUUGACUGUCCACCUCAGGAGCCACACCAAGGAGAGGUCUUACAAGUGUGAGGAGUGUGGGAAGAGCUUCAGCCGGAUCUCCUGCCUGAUUGUCCACCUGAGGAGGCACACCGAGGAGAGGUCCUACAAGUGUGAGGAGUGUGGGAAGAGCUUCAGCCGGAUCUCCCACCUGACUGUCCACAUGAGGAGGCACACUGGGGAGAAACCCUACGAGUGUGAUAAAUGCAGAAAGGGGUUUCAGACCAGCUCUGGUCUCCUCAGGCACCAGCACACUCACACAGAGGAGAGGCCCUUCCUCUGCCCCGACUGUGGGAAAGGCUUCAAGUACAACUCCUCCCUUGUCAGCCACCAGCACAUGCACACCCAGGAGAGGCCCUAUGAGUGUCCCGACUGUGGGAAGAGAUUCACCCACAAGUCGAACCUGAUUGUCCACAAGAGGAUCCACACUGGCGAGAGGUCUUACGAGUGUGGGGAGUGUGGGAAAAGCUUCUGCCAGCGCUCCCACCUGAUCUACCACCUCAGGAGCCACACUGGGGAGAAGCCCUUCGAGUGUGAUAAAUGCAGGAAGAGGUUUCAGACCAGCUCUCAUCUUGUCAGGCACCAGAGGAUUCACACGGAUGAGCGGCCCUUUCGCUGCCCUGACUGCGGGAAGGGCUUCAGGGAUAACUCCACCCUCGUGACCCACCGGCGCAUCCACGCUGGGGAGAGGCCCUAUGAGUGUCCGGAGUGUGGGAAGAGCUUCUCUCAGAGCUCUAUCUUGAGCAGACACCAACGGAUCCACAAUGGGGAGAAGCCCCACAAGUGCUCAGAAUGUGGGAAGAGCUUUAGUAAGAGAUGCAACCUCCUCAUCCAUUGGAGAAUCCACACAGAGGUGCGGCCAUACAAGUGUCCCGAGUGUGGGAAGAGCUUCCGGACGAGCUCCCACCUGACUGUCCACCAGAGGAGCCACACCGGGGAGAAGCCCUUCAAGCGCAGACAGUGUGGGAAGAACUUCAGCAAGCGCUGCAACCUGAACUACCACCAGUGGAUCCACACUGGAGAGAGACCCUACGAGUGUGAUAAAUGCAGGAAGAGGUUUCAGACCAGUUCUCAUCUCCUCCAGCACCAGCCGAUUCACUCAGAUGAGAGGCCCUUCCGCUGCCCUGACUGCAGGAAGGGCUUCAAGGACAAUUCCACCCUCAUGAGGCACCGCUGCGUUCACACUGGAGAGAGGCCUGGGGCGAGGCCCUACGUGUGUGAUCAAUGUUCGAAGGCAUUUAAGACCAGCUCCCAUCUCCUGCUGCACCUGCGCACUCACACAGACGAGAGGCCUUUCUGCUGCCCCGACUGCGGGAAGGGCUUCCAGCACAACACCCACCUCACCAGCCACCGGCGCAUCCACACCGGGGAGACGCCCUAUGAGUGUCCUGAGUGUCGGAAGAGAUUCUGGCGUAGCUCAGCCUUGACCCACCAUCAAUGGAGACACCAAUAA